GACAGAGGUCAUAUACAGUAUCUGGUCACGUGACUUACAGCACACUUGUAAAAUUUUAAUUAAUAUGCUCUUUUACUUAUAUUUAAAAUAGCUACAACUUGUUUCAGACCCUUCAAACUGAAAAGCAAUUUGAAUCACAAAUGUGAAAUGCUGGGUUAAAUUCAUUAGCCAUUGUGUGGAAAACUUAUUGAAGGUGAUAUAUGACCAAAAACAUAUUUAAGCAAAUAUACUUGCUUCAUGCAUUUAUUUGCAAUCAUAAACGAACAUUGUAACGCGGCUAAAAUGCGUAAUAUUCACAAUAUAGCACAGUCUUGAAUGUCUUGCUUUUUUAAAAAUGAAGAUAUAACAAUAUUAUAAAUAAGUUAUAAGCUAAGCUAUAACAUUAAGGACACGGUUUUAUUAAAACGAUAUUUUUGUGGCAUCCUUCUACACAGUCCCUACCAGAAAUAGGAUCCGUUUGAGCAUUUUUUUAACCUUCUUAGUUUCACUUUAAGACCCAAAGUGAACUUGUAAGGCUCCUGAGUGCAAUUAAACUACUCAUAGUAUCAUACCACAGAAGAAAAAAAAACUCAACCCAUAUCUAAAUAACCAUAUAAUUUAUGCAACGGGGCCACUCAUCAGCCAAUCCCUAGCGCGCAUGCGCGUACUGCGGACGGCGUAUGUUGUUUCACAGGUAAAGCUGAACCAAUGGGCUUCAAAGUCACGUACAAGGUUCAAAUGAGCUGUCAGUGUCAGUUGCUUCAUGGUUAACACAUUUAUCGUUCCCUUUUGGUACCUUAAAACUCAAGACGUCAAUAAAAUUAAACCACACUGGGACCCUUAUGAAAUAGCCUAAGUGUAAGGAUCAUCAAGGUUGUUUACUGUAAGGGUUGGGAGAAUCUGAAUCAUCUGCUGCCUGUGGAGGGGAGGGUGAUCAGACGGCUGUUGUGUUGGGAGAAGGGCAGAUAUCCGCAGCAUUCCCCUGCAUCCUCCAGUAAUCCCAGUGCCUCUCCUUCUGUCUGUCCAUUCUCCAAGUCCACGUUCAUCUGGAGAGACCUCGUCUGCUUCUGUAGGGUUAAAAUGGCCAGCAGCUUCGCACGGAUUUUGUCCAGUAAAAGGAAGGUGGGAAUCUUGUCGUUGGUCGGUGCAGGAUCUCUGACCGUGGGAUUCUUCCUGAAUAGAGAGCAGCAUGUCAAUGCAGGAGCGCACGUCCGGAGAAUCUAUCCUGCUAGUGCUGAAUAUCCAGAUUUGCGGAAGCACAAUAACUGUAUGGCCAGUCACCUGACUCCUGCUGUAUAUGCCAAGCUGUGUGAUAAAACCACUCCGAAUGGUUACACUUUGGACCAGGCUAUGCAAACUGGCGUGGACAACCCAGGCCACCCCUUUAUUAAGACAGUAGGAAUGGUGGCCGGAGAUGAGGAGUCAUAUGAGGUCUUUGCUGACAUCUUUAACCCAGUCAUCAAAGAAAGGCACAAUGGUUAUGACCCCUGCAACAUGAAGCAUCCCACUGACCUGGAUUCCAGUAAGAUACGGGGAGGCCAAUUCGAUGAUAAGUACGUGCUGUCGUCUCGAGUCAGGACAGGUAGGAGCAUCCGCGGCCUGAGUCUGCCCCCGGCCUGCACCCGUGCUGAGCGCAGAGAGGUGGAGAGGGUCGUGAUCGAUGCCUUAGCAGGCCUAAAAGGGGAUCUGGCUGGAAAAUACUACAGCCUCACUCUGAUGACUGAACAAGAGCAGCAGCAGCUCAUUGAUGAUCACUUCCUGUUUGAUAAGCCUGUGUCGCCCCUGCUGACAUGUGCAGGCAUGGCUCGCGACUGGCCCGACGCAAGAGGCAUCUGGCACAACAAUGAGAAAACCUUUCUGGUGUGGGUCAACGAGGAAGACCACACUCGUGUGAUCUCCAUGGAGAAGGGGGGCAACAUGAAGAGGGUCUUUGAGCGUUUCUGCAAGGGUCUCCAAGAGGUUGAGAGACUAAUUCAGGAGAGGGGUUGGGAAUUCAUGUGGAACGAGCACCUGGGUUACAUUCUCACCUGUCCGUCAAACCUGGGCACAGGGCUACGAGCUGGCGUCCAUGUUACUCUUCCUCGCCUCAGCAAGGACCCUCGUUUCCCUAAGAUCCUGGAUAACCUGCGACUCCAGAAAAGGGGGACUGGAGGAGUGGACACCGCAGCUGUUGGAAACACUUUUGAUAUUUCCAAUCUGGACAGGCUGGGCCAAUCAGAGGUCCAGCUGGUUCAGACUGUGAUAGAUGGAGUGAACUAUCUCAUCGAAUGCGAGAAGAAACUGGAGAGAGGACAAGACAUCAAAAUCCCUGCCCCCAUCAGCCAGUUUAAAUAGACUGGCAGUCUUGCUUGGCUCCUCCCUUCUCCUGACUCCUCCCUCUUGUGUGUUCCUUCCUCCUUCAAUAUUCCGCUGAUUCUGAUCCAUAAGCAUGCCUCUGUGUUUCGCCAGACAAACCACACUCUAGUAUAAAACAGGAGUGAAUGUAUCGUACAUCAUGAUUGUGUUCAUGUGGCGCUAUUGAUUUGUCACAUUGUAACUUACUUGAUUGUGUUGCAAUAAUACUAUAAUAGCCAUUUUCAAGAUUUGCCUCAGGUGUCAGAGAAUUAAGCAGAUGUUUUUGCUGAAGAUGUUGAAGAUAUAAAUUGCUGAAGGGACUCGGAGAGUGUUUUAUUGUACAUUUUACUGUUGUUUUACAUGAAGUAAGCGAAAAGCAAAACUAUAACUGAAAUAAUUCACAUUAAAGGUGCUCAAUCAUA